AUGAGUCCUGCUAUUUCACAAACUGUUACUCAAACGCCAGAUUCCGUGCCAGAGACCCUCAAGGCCACCACUUCGCGUGGAUACGCGCUGACGGAGCGCGGAGUCCAUAACAUCUCCAAGGGAGCCCCUCCUCCUCAUCUUGUGCCAGAGUUCGACGACCCUUACAAGAAGAGAGAGUGGGUUUUGGAGCACAUGGCCGGUGCUUUCCGUAUCUUCGCUCGUAAGGGCUUCACCGAGGGAACUGCCGGUCACAUCUCCGUCAGAGACCCUGUUGAUCCAAACACUUUCUGGAUCAAUCCUCUUGGAUACCACUUUGGACUUCUCAAGGCUGAGGACAUGGUCCACAUCGACGAGAACUGCAAUAUCAUCGGCGGCAACUUUGCGGCCGUCAACGCUGCUGGUUUUGCCAUCCACUCGGCUCUCCACAAAGCCCGGCCCGACGUCAACGCUGCCUGCCACAUGCACUCUGUCUACGGAAAGGCGUACUCUGCUUUCGGCAAGCCGCUCGAGAUGCUCAACCAGGAUGUCUGCACGCUAUACAAGUCGCACGCAGUCUACUCCAACUUUGGAGGAGUCGCUAUCGAGGCCAAGGAGGGCCAGGAGAUCGCAGAGGCCGUUGGCGACGGCCACGGUGCUAUUUUGCAAAACCACGGUCUCAUCACCGUCGGCUACACCGUCGACGAGGCCGCAUACCUGUUUUGCUUGAUGGAGCGGAGCUGCGAGUGCCAACUUCUGGCCGACGCGGCAGAAAACCAGGGCAGAACAAAACAGCUCAUUGGCGACGAGGAGGCAGCCUACACCUACCACAUGAACUCAGACAGAGAAACCCUGUACAUGGAGAUGCAGCCAGAUCUCCAGUUCGAGAUUGCUCAGAACGACGACUUCUUGAGCUUCUCCAAGCCUAAAAAAUAA